AUGUCUGAUUCGAAACCACAUGCCUACUACUUCGUUCCCCGCAAGCCAGUAUCGGCAGACUCCGAAACGGGCUUCAGCCUUCACAGGACUUUGACUCGGUCUCGAUCUAGCUUAUGGCGAGGAUGGAGUCCCGGACUACCUUCUUUCACAGAGUAUGAGAGAACAGCAUACAAAUUCCCCUGGCUUCAAACCCCAGUGGAAGAAUCUGGUUGCAGACAUCCUGGGAUUAUCCUGGAGACGUCGGCUCAUGACGAUCGUUCACACUUACUUUCUCAUGACGAUACGCAGGCGGGACCCUCUGCAGAGACUCCUCUCGAGGAAAAGUCUGCGCAGGGUAUCAGACCUGAUGAUCGUGAAGACCCAGACCUGGUAACAUGGUCUGGGCCUGACGACCCAAUGAACCCAAAGAAUUGGGCCAGGCACAAAAAAUGGACGGCAACCAUCUUGGUCUCAUGCUUCACAUUCAUCUCGCCAGUCUCCUCUACCAUGUUAGCCCCGGCACUGGACACCCUCGCCGACGACUUUGACGUUGAGUCUGACAUUGAGACAUAUCUCCUCAUGUCCAUCUUUCUCCUCGCGUACGCUGUGGGGCCAUUCGUUCUUGCUCCGUUGUCUGAGAUGUACGGUCGUGUUGUUGUGCUUCAGUCUGCCAACAUGUUUUACUUGAUCUUCAACACCGUCUGCGGCUUCUCUGCUUCAAAGGAGCAGAUGUUGGCUUUUCGAUUCCUCAGUGGCCUUGGUGGAAGUGCUCCUCAGGCUCUUGGUGGCGGCGUACUGAGUGAUUGCUGGAGAGCCGAAGAGAGAGGCACUGCAACUGCCAUCUAUAGUCUGGCUCCAUUUCUCGGGCCCGCUGUUGGCCCUAUCGCUGCCGGAUAUCUGACACAGUACCUCUCCUGGCGCUGGAUCUUCUGGACCGUCUCUAUCGCUGAUGCGGUCGUCCAAAUUCUCGCCUUUCUAUUCCUCUCCGAGACUUACGCCCCUAAGAUUUUGGCAACCAAAGCAAAUAUGCUGCGCAAAAAGACGGGCAACGCGAAUUUGCGUACAGAGUUUGAUCGUCCAGACAGGACUUUCGGACAGACGUUGCGGAAGAAUCUUGUCAGACCAUUCAGAAUGCUUUUUACUCAGCCAGCACUGCAGAUCACUGCCGUGUACAGGGCAUACCUGUAUGGUCUCAUGUAUCUUGUCCUUGCGUCGUUCCCUUUUGUGUGGAGUGAGCAGUACGACAUGGAGCCCGGACCAGCUAGUUUGAACUACAUCUCACUCGGCGUUGGCUUCGUGAUCGGGCUACAAGUAUCCGGACCUCUUAUUGAUAAGGUCUACCGUAAACUCAAAGCACAAAAUAACGACACAGGUCGUCCAGAGUUCAGGAUCCCUCUCAUGUUCCCCACAGCCAUAAUCACGCCGAUUGGCCUCCUCCUGUAUGGGAUUGCAGCACACUUUGAAGUCCACUGGAUCGUUCCAAACAUCGGCGCAGCGAUUCUAGCCGCCGGCCUCAUCCUCUCUUUUCAGUGCGUACAAACGUAUGUUAUCGACUCGUAUGAGAGGUAUGCGGCUAGCGCAGCAGGUGCGGCGGCCUUUGUGCGGACGAUGGCUGGUUUCAGCUUCCCGUUGUUUGCACCGAGAUUAUACGAUGUGUUGGGUAUUGCCUGGGGCAAUGUGUUGCUUGCUGGUAUUGUCUUUGUGAUGGGGCUGAUUGUGCCGUUUGUUAUGUGGAGAUGGGGCGCGUGGCUUAGAAGCAAGAGCCAGUACUGCGCAGGUUGA